AUGCCGGUACCGGAUCUGAGACAGCUGGUGAAGCAGGAGCGCCAUGCUAGAAUUUCGCUCGAUAAUAUAGAGGAGUUUCUGUUGUCGUACCAAGAAGAUCGUGAUAGAGGUGCCGUUGAUCUCAGAGUGAAAAAGUUGGACGAAAUUUAUGAGAAAUACUGUGAAGUGAGAGUUAGCAUAGAGGUGUUAACCGAUGACCUGGAUGUUGGUGAAGAACCAUCUGGCGACGGCGAAGAGGAUGCUUCGAGACUAUCUGCCAUGGCCGAAGCUCGCCAAAGAGAGAAUGAGGAGAUUUUCAAAGAAUUUGAAAACAAGUAUUUUCGUCUGAAGCAGGCGCUUCUUUCGAAGGUUAGUAUACCUACCGAAGUAGGUGUUGAGCGGAAACCGGAAGUGUCCCAGUCGUCACGGACACGAUUUCCGGAAUUGAAGCUUCCAACGUUCUCUGGAAGAUUGUCGGAAUGGAUUAACUUUCGUGACAGUUUCGCUUCUUUGAUUCAUGACAACGCCCAACUCAGUACGAUAGAUAAGUUCAACUAUCUGCGUGCUUCCCUGAAGGAUGAGGCUCUUCUUCAGGUAAACCAGAUCCAGGUCACUAGUUCCAACUACACUAUCGCUUGGGGAGUUCUGGAGUCGAAGUUCGAGAAUCACAAACUAAUCGCACAGGAGCAUUUGAAAGCACUGUUCGCUGUUGCUCCGAUGAAGACUGAGAGUUUUCGAGCACUUAAUCAUAUCUUGAUGACGUUCAAGAUAAAUCUUCAACAGUUGGAGAAACUGGGUGAAGACACCGAGCAAUGGAGUACACUCUCCAAGAAUAUUCCAUCGUACAAGGCGAUGGUGGAGUUCCUAGAGAACCAUUGUGCUAUUCUACAAUCAACAUCGUCGCGUAAGAGUAGUGAGUUCAAGAAAUCGUACAAAACCCCAAUUGUUCAUGCUGCUGUAUCGACUGGAAGUUGCAUAGUGUGCAAUGGUGGAUCACAUUCCGUGGAACAGUGUACGAGUUUCGGGAAAAUGAAAGUUGUGGACAGAAAAAUGCUUGCCAGGAAACUUGGAUUGUGCCUGAAUUGUUUACAUUCCGGGCAUUUCGUUGCGGAGUGUUCGAGGUCUACAUGUCGUAAAUGCGGACAGCGGCAUCAUACGCUGCUCCAUCCGUAUGUCAACGUUGCAGGUCAAGGGCAGAAUGUGAAUCAGUCAUCCUCCCAGAAGAACAACAGAGGACCUCAAGCCGCGAACAGUCAGUUUCAGCAAUCGAAUCAAACCCAAACCCGGAACAACUCUCAACACCUACAGACUACACCAAUCCCAAGCAUAUCUUCGCAAUAUGCACGUCCGCCACCUCCCACCAAUCCUUCCACUGUACACCACACUGCUACACAACCCAAAACACACCACCACUCAACAAGUGCACUACUGUCAACUGCUAUUGUGAAGCUCGGUGAUUGUCACGGAAAUACCGUUCUUGCACGCGCUUUGUUGGACAGCGGGUCUCAAAUAUCACUAAUAACAGAGAACCUGUCUCAACGUUUAAAUUUCCGUCGACUUCGUGAGAAUUUACCUGUUAAAGGAGUGGGUGGUUCUCUAUCUGUUGCUAAACAAUCAGUUCUAGCAACAAUACUGUCCUGCAACUCUGAGUAUAAGUCUUGCGAGGUACAGUUCUAUGUACUGUCGAAGAUCACGUCAAGCCUGCCGCAACAGCACAUCGAUACUUCGUCGUGGAAUCUGCCUACAGGAGUUUGCCUUGCGGAUCCGAAUUUCAAUGAGCCUGGAGCUAUCGAUGUCAUCUUGGGUGUCACAGUUUUUUACGAUCUGCUGCUGAGUGCACAACUGAAGCUAUCCAACUCUGGACCGAUUCUACGUGAUACCGAACUUGGGUGGAUUGUGGCAGGGGAGCUACCUGAAACCGCUUGCGUCAGCUACAGUACAGUAGCAUCGUCUUCAGUAACCACGGAGCAAGUUUUUGAAGAACUCUCGAAGUUUUGGGAGUUGGAAUCCUGUCACACGAAGAGCUGCUUAUCCAUCGAGGAAUCUGCUUGUGAAGCCAUUUUCGAGGAAACAACUGCAAGGAGCCCUGAUGGGAAGUUUCGAGUUCAGUUAGCGAAGAGAAAACACGUUCUGGAGAAGUUAGGGAGUUCAAGGGCGAUAGCGAAGAAACGCUUCAUCUCUAUGGAGAGACGGCUGGAUGCCAAUUUGCAAUUGAAAGCUAUGUACACGGCAUUCAUGCAUGAGUACGUUCAGAUGGGACACAUGAAAGAGGUACAGGCGGACGACGAGGACUCGACUCCGGAAUACUUCAUUCCCCAUCACUGUGUGCUGAAACCAGACAGCACCACAACCAAACUUAGGGUGGUUUUUGAUGCAUCUUGUCCAACGGAUACGGGUGUGUCUUUGAACGAUGUAUUGAUGGUUGGGCCGGUCGUUCAAGAUGAUCUGCGAAGCAUCUUACUGCGGUUCCGGAUGCAUAGGUACGCGGUCGUUGGAGACGCAGAAAAAAUGUACCGAAUGGUGCCUGAACAAGUGCGCGGACGAGGGUGCGGGCGCUAUCCUGCAGCUGCAGCUGUCGUUAAAAAGUGUUUUUAUGUAGAUGAUAUGCUGGCAGGAUCACACACAAUAGAAGAAGGGAAGCAGCUAUGCAAAGACGUGCUAGAGCUUCUGAAAGAGUAUGGGUUCAACCUCAGAAAGUGGAAUACAAACAAUCCUGCGAUUUUGGCUGAAAUUCCUCCCGAUCUAAGAGACGAGCGCGAAGUUCUUGAUCUGGACGAAAAGGCUACCGUGAAGACACUGGGUCUCACAUGGGAACCGGCAGCAGAUAAGUUUUGGAUCAAGGUUCCCUACUGGAAGCCUGAAGGUGGGUCCUGUAAUAGUUCAGGAAAGAUAUUCCUACAAGAUCUUUGGAAGGCUAAAUACACAUGGGAUGAACUGCUGUGCGCCGAUCUACAUUCACGAUGGUUAGAGUUCAGAAGCAAUCUAGCCGACUUAGACGCGGUGUCAGUUCCACGAUGGAUUGGCUUUGGUAAAGACGUGAUCACUUGUGAAUUCCAUGGGUUCAGCGAUGCUAGCGACAAGGCCUACGGAGCUGUCGUCUACUUACGCUGUGUGAACUUGGACGGAAGAGUAACGGUCAAUUUGAUGAUGGCCAAGUCAAAGGUUGCGCCAUUGGAAGAUCUCAGCCACAGGAAGAAGAAACAAUCCACACCUCGCCUGGAAUUGUCGGCUGCGUUACUGUUGGCUCAUCUGUACGAGAACGUCAAAGGCAGUCUGGAGAUUUCAGCGCCUGCUUUCUUUUGGACGGAUUCAACGAUCGUCAAGUAUUGGAUCUCGUCACACCCAUCGAGGUGGCAAGUCUUCGUGAGCAAUCGUGUGUCGGAGAUUCAGCAUGCCACGAAAGGUGGCGUCUGGAAUCACGUUCCGGGAAUUGAAAAUCCGGCCGAUAUCAUAUCGCGAGGAGCUACACCGGCGCAGCUAGUGAGUAAUGCCCUAUGGUGGCAUGGACCGGAUUGGCUUAGAAAGGAUGUUAGCAAUUGGCCUAAAAAUAUACUGGUCCCCGAGCAGCAGUUCGACUCGGUAACUCUGGAGGAGAGGCCACUUGUGUCGGCAGCUCUUCAAGCUCUUCCUCCAAGUAAUGUAUUUACACUUCGUUCUUCUUUGUUGAACCUUGUUCGACUGACCGCCUGGAUACGUCGAUUUUCUACCAAUUGUCAACAAGGAAACAGCCAGCAACGGAGAACUGGAUCACUGAGUGCUGAUGAACACAACUCGGCGCUGCUAGCGUUAGUGAAGCUAGCCCAAUCGGAAUGCUUUCCACUAGAAUUGGCGGAUAUUGAAGCUAAAAAUGAAGUAAGAUCAACUUCAAAACUACACAAUCUUCACCCUGUUAUGAUUGAUGGGAUAAUCUGUGUUGGUGGCCGGCUCGGAAAUGCUCCGAUCUCACCAGGUCGCAGACAUCCAAUGAUCUUGGAUAGCCAUCACCCGUUAACUAAACUAAUUCUGAUUGAUUAUCAUCAUCGACUACUUCAUGGAGGACCUCUAUUGAUGAUAGCGUGCGUUCGUGAAAGAUUUUGGCCGCUGAGCGUCCGGAAUCUCGCCAGGAGAAUCCUACACGAGUGCAUUAGGUGCUUCAGAGCAAGGCCACGCGUGCAUGAGCAGUUGAUGGGAGACCUUCCGCUCGAACGAGUGUCACCAGCGCCUGCAUUCCAGCGAGUUGGCAUAGAUUAUUGCGGUCUGUUCGAGCUUCAACCGGCAACUCGGAAAGGGGCACCGGUCAAGUGCUACCUUUGUCUAUUCCCGCACUCAGGAGGUUCACCGCAAGACGUGGAAGGCCAGUCCUUAUACUUUGCGACAACGCUACCAACUUUGUUGGAGCGCGAAGACAAUUGUACGAGCUACACAACAUUUUUCGGCAAGAUCAGUUCCAGGAUCGAGUUUCAACAGGAAGCGGCUCUAGACUCAAUUGAGUUUAAGUUCAUUCCCGCCAGAUCUCCCAAUUUCGGCGGCUUGUGGAAAGCCGCAGUGAAGUCGGUGAAAGGACAUAUGCGGAAAGUGAUCGGAAACAGAAUGCUGAAGUGCGAUGAAAUGCAAACGGUUGUCGCACAAAUUGAAGCUUGCCUUAAUUCGAGGCCGUUAACUCCAAUGAGCAACGAUCCCACGGAUUUGGAGGUUUUAACGCCGGGGCACUUCCUCAUCCAGCGACCGCUCACUGCAGUGCCUGAACUGAGUCUCAGCGAGCUGCCAGAGAAUAGGCUCAGCAGAUGGCAGCGGGUUCAGCAAUACAGCCAGUGUUGCUCAGCAACUACCGGCAUCAACGGCGGACAAGUGAUGGUACUUGUGAAGACCCCAGUACUAGACGACAAGGACUUCGACCUCCUAGAGCCCCACACGUUGAAGGUCAACAAUUCGAGGAUAGAAACCGACAUAAACCUGGUGGCAAAGCACGGCAAUCUGAUCUACGCCCAAACGACAAAAUGCGACAUUUGUGAAGGUACCAAGCUGAUCGAGGACGAAUGCAUCUAUAAUAUCUUAACGCAUCAAACACCAAAAUGCACACUCGUAAGUACAAUACAAGGAUUCCAAGCCAAAGAGAUCACGGACGGCGUAAUCCUAAUUGACACUACGGAGAACAUUGAGAAGUCAAACUACACGUACAACGAGGAGCAAAACUUCAUGCUGCGGAUUCAAAACCUGGAAGAAUUGAGCAUGAUCGAGCUUUCCUUUAACAGCACACACAAAAGGAACGGGAUCGGCUCUACUUUGGCGGAAAAGCUGCUCUGGCAUGAAUCGGGAGAUGUUUCCAACUACCGCAAGGACGAUAUCGUACGGGGCCGCAGCAGUAGGGAGGCGUUCCAAUGCGCGGGCGUCAGUGAAUCCAUUGCAGAUCCGGAUAGAAGUUGGAAAUGUGCUGAAUGCUUGACGGAUUGGGAGUCGUCUGUCAGCAAAAGUAGUCGUGUGUCGCAGAAAUUACAACUCAGCCUUAAACUGCUGGAAGAGCAUCGGAAAAUGAAGAAAAAGCGCGCAGAAGAAGAAGAAAAAAUCGGAAACGAGAAGAAGCAGCCAAGCUGA